AUGUCACGAUCGUUUACUGGUUGCAAAAGAUGUAAGUCACGCCGGCAAAAAUGUGAUGAGCAGCGUCCGACGUGUGGUCGAUGCAAAACUGCGGGAUCACCGUGUCGGUAUGCGAUGCAGUUGCAGUGGGGAGGUCGCGCUUUUUCGCGGUCGAGGUUUGGAGCCUGCGUUCGGGAUGGAGGCAUGCAGAGGUUAGAAUACUCUCCGGGAGAAUUCAUCUACACCACCAAAUCAUCCGCCGCCGCCACCUCUUCUUCUUCUUCUUCUUCUACUUCUUCCUCCUCCUCGUUCUCUUCCGUCGUGUCCUGGACAAAAGCUGUCGAUCCGUUUUCUUCGCUAUCCUCCCACCAAAAGUCCCUCCUUCACCACUUCGUUCAUGAUGCCUCCCAGAUCACCGCUUGUCAUUCGGGGAUGCAGCAGGAUAUAUGUCGAAUGCUCGUCCCCAUGGCCCUGCAAACGCCCUCGUUACUGUACGCCACCAUGGCGCUAUCGGCCAUCCAUAUCCAGGCCUUACACAACCAAUCCGAAAACGUCAAGUCCGCCCCCGAUAUUGCGCGGUUGAUGGCGCUCAGUUUGGAGCAUUUUCGCAACGAACUCCAGAGUCCGGGGACGAAGGGGUCGGAUGCGCUGCUGGCGACGGCACGUACCCUCUGUCUCGCAGAGAUCCACUCCGGCGCAAUUCAUCCGCAUUCAUGGCGAGCUCAUAUUGAAGGCGCGCAGGCGCUCAUGAUCGCCUCGCGCGAGCAAGCCGGGUGGUCUCCCGCGUCCUCCGAGGGUUUCCACAGGUACCUCAAUCGAUGGUAUCGGUCUAUCGUAUCGCUUACCGCAUUGACGGGGAACGGACCCCCCAUCGGCGAUGCCACCAGCCAGGCUAUCUUACUGGGGCCCAGCUCAUCGGGGGAGACGCCAGACUAUCUCGACGACUAUUGGGGGUUUACCGUGAGUCUGGCGGCGAUUUUCCGCGGAAUCGGAGCCGCAGCCUGGCAGACCCCCCACGAUCAACCGGGGGACGAAACGACAGCGACGGAAUUGGAGGCGUCCCUACGCCAACUGAUGGACGCGGGGGCUCAGUCCACGCCGGCGUUCUACCCGGGGGUGGUCGAGGGCCUCUCGACGGAGUACAUUCGACAAUUCCUUCUUUGCAACGAAGCGUUCCAGCACAGUGCGCUGAUCCAAAUCCACCGUCGGCUCCGCAAGAUACCGCCGUCGGGCCCCGCGGUCCAGCAGUCAGUCCAGCGGAUCCUCGAGUGUACGGAGCAGAUUCGACCCUCUCAGGGACUCAGUCCGUGGACGAUGCUCACGACGCCGCUGUUCAUUGCGGGCUGUGAGGCACAGGGAGACGAUCGCCAACAUAUUCGACAGCUUCUGUCGUCAUUACAUGAUACGAUUCGCAUUCCGAAUGUGUUGCAAUCGUUGAAGUUUCUAGAGCAGUAUUGGGCUCAUCAAUUGGAUGAGAAUGAAAGCUGGAAUGGGUAUUUAGAUACAUCCGCCUCCGCAGUGAAUGUGGACAGCGACGACAGUGACGACGACGACCUCGAUAUAACCCAACUCUAUAGAUCCCAAUUUACGAAUGGGACGCCGGUACAUAGUCGUCUUGUCAGUGAACCCUUCAUUCCGGUCCUUCCCUCUCCAGUCUCUACGACCCAUAAGCGUGCCACGAUAAUGGCACUACACCCACCAUUGAACAGACCCCCUCCACUACACAUUGACGCCCAUGGUCGAACCGUGUCCAAUGGUGUAACAGAUCCGCGACAACCAAAAACGCCAGGGAAUAAAAUUAGUUCUUUCUUUGGCUGGCGCGCGAGCACGUCUCCUGGCGCCGAGUCUUCUAGUACAGAAAUCUCCGACAGCGGUCGUUCGCCGCUACCAUCCCCCAUGCCUCCAUCUCUACCCAGCACCUCCUAUUCUAUUACUCCUUCUACUACCGUACCGUUCGAUACGACCGGUAGGGCUCCUGGGCAUUACCCCGUUCGCAAUGGCUCCCUUAGCAGUGCCAGCAUCCUGGAAACCGCCCCCUCCGCCCCCUCCGCCCAGGUGGCGGACCUAGAAAAUGAGCUGCGGGAAAUCAGCUCUGAGCUGGCGGGGUCGAUCCGGCGCGAAAUGGAACUAGAGGACUUGGUCGAACGGUUACAGUCGGAAACGCCUAUCGAUACGCCUGGCCGACGUACCAGUGAUUAUUUUUCAGACUCGGGAACGAGCUCGAUUCGAUAUGCCUACGAAUCCGGUGGGCGAAUUGAAGAUAUCGAGAAGUACCGCCGCGCAGCCGAGCAGGAGCGCGCUCAACUCAAGGUUGAAUUCAGUCAGAAACUGCAGGAGGAGCGCGCGCGCCGCAUGGCAUCGGAGUCGCAUGUCCAGAUCCUGGAAUCGCAGGUUGCGCAGCUUCGACGGGAGAGAGUGGAGAUCUCCGACUUGUCUUCGAGAACUCGAGAACUAGAAAGCGCAUUAGACGAUACCCGUCGGAAGCUCGUAGAGGAGCGCCAAAUCAAAGACAACUUUGAAGACCUCUUGACGGCUAUGCGCGUGGAGCUCGAGCAGAUCCGUAACGAGCGCGACGGUUUCCGAGAUACCCAAGCUCUGCCCGAUCCCGCCGAGAUCCAACGCUUGACGGAAGAAAUCGAGGCUUUGAAGAUCGAAAAUGCUGCGCUAGCCCAAUUACAGGGCAAUCGGUUUGCUUCCAUUGCGGAAGAGGACAACACGUCAGCGAAGCGACGAAGCGUCGCCUUUGGCCUUUCGCGGUCCAACUCCUUGGCUCGCAUGCCUCCCAAGGCGAAUGGCUCGACCGGUCUCAAACGAUCCGGUUCCCUUUCACGAUCCAACUCUAUAUCAGGCAAAGAACGCGACAACACCCGAGAGUCCCUGGCGGACCGGGUGGAAGGCGCUGAAGCCCAGCGAGACGCGCUUCACCAAGCUCUCCGCCGUCUGCUGGACCGCCAGGCGCAUGAAUCCCGCCAGAGCGAGAAGCGCAUCAGGAUCCUCGAACUGGAACUGGCGCGUGCCCAAGAAUCGGACUCCCCACGUCGAAUGGGAUACGAGCGCGAAGUGCGCAACUUGCGGGAGGAGGUGAACCACCUCCGCAUCCGUGCAGAGGAUGCCUUGGAUCAGAAAUGGCAGUGCGAAAAGGGCUUAGCCGGUCUGAAGAUGGAUCUGGACCGCGCCGAGCAAGAAACCACCUCCCUCCGUGUUCUGCUCCAAGAACAUGACAUCGCAGUCCCCGAGGGCCUGGAAGAUGGCUUCGCCGAGGUCAUUGCCACCUCUUCCUCGCUCGAAUCCGCAUACCAACAACUCCAAGCCGAUCGCGAAUACGCAGAGGCUAGCGUUGCUCACUCGCCUCAGGCGGAGUCCAACGAGUUGGCAGAGUCGGUCGACCGAACGGACAUGCUCGCGCAGCAUGUGCGCCAACAGCUGGCCACAAACAAUGCCCUGCGUAGCCGUCUCGCCGACGCCAUUGGCAAGGGCGAGAAAGAGCAACAGCUCUCCGCCAUCCGCAUCAACGAAAUGCAAGCGCACCUCAAGGAAAUGGAAGACGUCCUCUUGACGGCCCAGCAAAACGCGGAAGACGAAAUGGCUCGUCACGAAGACGAGAUCCGCCAGAUCCAAGAGAGCCAUAACGCUCAGCUCCUGCGCAUGAAGAACGGCUCCCGUAGCCCCGUGGCUCUGUCCCCCAUUCCCCCGAGCACCCCCUUCACCAUCCGCUCCCCGCGCCUGGAUAAGACCACCAGCGGUGACGGCAUGCCCCUGACCCAGGUCGUGCAGUCCGAGACGCUUGAACUCCGCGUGAAGGAACUGGAGAAAUUACUGCGCGUCGCGGACGUGGAAAUGAGCGAAGUCGUCAGCCGCAUGAACCGUGCUCAGAUCGAAGUGGCUGAACUCCAAUCUGAUCGGGACGAGGCACUCCGCGAAACGCGCCGACUCCAAACCGCUAUCUUUACAGAACGUGAGGUGUUUAAAAACCUCCUAGGCAGAAAUUAA